AUGUUCUCAAUUGUGACAAGAUCAGCUUGUAAGAAUGCUCAAAGAUCCAUUCUUCUGGUGAAAACUUCACCUAUAAAGAUUUUAUCAAUUUCUAAUCUCAAUUCAUCAAGAUCUAUUUUAACUAAUCGUCAAUAUUCAUCAACUACUGAUUCAUCCAAUUCAUCCAAUUCAAAUACAAAUCAAAAAACUAAAAAAGAUUCCAAACCAAAGAUCCCACUAUGGGCAAGAAUUAAAACAGCUUCAACUUUUGCCAUAGCUACAACUGUUGUAUUAGGUGCCACUGGUUUAGCAGGUUUAGUUAUUUAUUUAGUAGUUUCAGAAAUUGUUUUACCAUCAGGGGAUACUCAAGUUUUCAAUAAAGCUGUUGGAUUAAUUGAAAAAGAUGAAAAAUGUCAAGAAUUAUUGAAUUUAGAAAAAGGUUCAAGAUUAAAAGCUUAUGGUGAAAGUAGUGAUAAUAAAUGGACAAGAAAUAGACCAAUUUCUUCAACAAGACGUAUGGAUAAAUCUGGUAAAGAACAUUUAUUUAUGAGAUUUCAUGUUGAAAGUCCAACUAAACAUGGUUCUGUUCAAUUGGAAACUAUCCAAGCUGAUGUUUUACAUCCUGAAUAUUCUUAUAUUUAUUUAGAUGUUCCUGGUGAAAAAAGACAGUAUAUCAUAAAUCCUCCAAGACCAAAUUUAUUAGGUUCAAGGGAUCAAAAUACAGGAUUUUUGGGUGUUAAAUGGGGUCCAAAAUCAAGUUAA